AAAGAGGAGUGACUUGGUUUUUGGGAGUCCCGAGGUGGGUGUCUCUAAAACAGUGAGAAAUUGACAGUAAUGGUGGACAGACAAAUACAGAUACUACUAUUCUUAUUCUACUACUAGUUUCCAACGAAAGGAGAUCACUAUCCAAACCAUUCUCACUUUCUCCCUUCAAUGCCACUCUUCUUCCUUUCUCUUUGAGAGACUGCACACAAAUUUCUACUGUUUCCAGAGCGACAAUGGAUCCGGCGGCCAUGAUGAACGCCGCCGCCAACACGGCGUCAUAUCACCUGUCAGAGAUCUGGCACUUCCCGCCUCCCAACGCGCCAGACGCGCUGGGCCUCAGGAGGGCCCACUUCGCCCCGGGUCCGACCCGACAUGCCGUCCCGGGUCGCGACCUGGCUAGCAUCGCCCCCAAGAAGCGCCGCCAAGCCGAGGAGGAGGAGGUGGAAUCCACUAGGGGCGCUUCCACCACCAAUGCCGUGGAUGAGGGUUGUGGUGAUGGAAAACGGGUUAAGACGAGUGAGAGUGGGAAAGGUGAAGGAGAAAGCUGUUCAGGAAAGCCUGCGAAGCAAAGCGGUAAGCCACCUUCGGAGCCUCCAAAGCAAGACUACAUUCAUGUCAGAGCUAGAAGAGGUCAAGCUACUGAUAGCCACAGUCUUGCAGAAAGAGCUAGACGGGAGAAGAUCAGUGAAAGGAUGAAAAUUCUUCAGGAUUUAGUCCCGGGUUGUAAUAAGGUUAUUGGGAAAGCAUUGGUCCUUGAUGAGAUAAUUAAUUAUAUCCAAUCACUUCAGCGGCAAGUAGAGUUUUUGUCAAUGAAGCUUGAAGCAGUAAAUUCAAGAAUUGCCCCCGGAAUCGAAGUGUUUCCUCCGAAAGAUUUUGAUCAGCAAACAUUCGAUACAACUGGCAUGCCAUUCGCUUCUCAAGCUACAAGAGACUAUAGCCGAGGCUCAUCACCGGAGUGGUUACAUAUGCAGGUUGGAGAUGGUUUUGAAAGAGCAACGUAGUCUUUGAAAUCACAUCACCUGACAAUAAAUGCAUAUAGGAUCUUUAAUCUCUCUAUCAGAGCUCCCAUAAAUCAUAUACUCAAGGUGUUGUUGCUAAGUCCUAUAGACACCUCAUUCUUGUUUUCUACAAGAGAGGCAUGGAGCUGUUAUUUGUUUCCACGGGAUCACUUCAGUUAGUACGCAAGUAACAACAUUUGUUAGUGUGUUGGAAAAUGGAUUCAUUUACCCAAUAUGUAGUUUAGUAUGCUGAUACUCUUCAUAACCUUUAAAAUGAUUGUUAUUAUUCUUGUAAAAGAAUGCUGCUUGUCCUGAAUACAUAAAGGCUUACAUGUUGUGUAAUAGUGUCAACAUUGUUGUUUGUAUGUGAAGCUAUGUUGAAUAAAUUAAGCCCAUGUGAUUUUGUUAAA